AUGGACAAAGACUUUUAUUUUGAAGUGAGCAUUAUUUACAGUCACAGGAAGUACAAUCGGGUUCAAGCGCAUCUCCAUGCUGUGAUUCUGACAGCAGUAGCUAUAAGUAUAACUGCAACAGGGAGCGCAAAAUCAAAAAUCUGGUGUGGUGAAGUAGCUGGCGUGCUGGCCGGCGGAUCUUGCCCGAGAGUGCAAACAUGAGCUUGGCACUUCAUGAACUCUGGCUUUGCUGCCGUGGAUUAGAAAAUGACAAGGCCACGGAGAGGAAGAAAGAGAUGGAACGAUUCAGACGACUCAUCCGUUCCCCCGACACCGUGGAGGAGCUGGAUCGCGUAUCAAGAAACAGAGCGUCUACAGCAAAUCAGCUCACCUGGGAUGCUGUAUUUAGGUACUUGCAGCGGUACCUCCAGAAGGAGACUGAGCUGUUGCAGUCGGGCAAAGCUAACGUGUCGGCCACCACCCAGGCCAACCGUCACAAAAAGAUGCAGGAGCUGAGCAGCCUGGUCAAGUGCUUCAUCCGCUGCGCAAACAAGCGAGGUCCGAGGCUGAAAUGUGCGGACCUUCUGUCCCACAUCGUGGAUGUCCUUGGCAACUCGUUCUGCUGCAGUGCCUACGGGGAAGACUACAGCAGCAUUCUGCUGAAAGACGUCCUGUCCGUCCGCAAGUACUGGUGCGAGGUCACCCAGCAGCAGUGGCGCAAGCUGUUGGAUUUGUACUGCGGCUUGUUCACUGGCUCCUCCAGAGCUAUAAACCGUGUGCUGGUGAGCAGGAUCAUCCACACCGUGGUGCAGGGCUGCUGUCUGCAGACCGACGGGCUCACACACGAUCUCUUCAGCUUCUUCUCCAGAGCCCUGAGCAAUGCCAGACAGGAGAAGCACCUGGCCGUGCUGGAGCACCUGGUCUCCGCCCUGAACGUCUUCCUCCGGGCGUCGGCCACUAACCGCCGCAUGCGGGCGUGUGGCCUGGGCGAGGAGCUUGUGCCGCCCCUGCUGUGCGUGUGGACCCAGGCCCGGCCCAGCCCCGCGCUGAAGGAGGAGGUGGUGGAGUUCUUCCGCCUGCAGAUGCGCCUGCACCACCCCAAGGGGGCCCAGACGGAGGCCACCGGUGCCCAUGCGGAGGACUGGCGGAAGUGGCAGGGUCUGCUGUACAGCCUGUACGAAGCGCUGGUGGGGGAGAUCAGUCAGAUCGGCAGCCGGGGGAAGUACGUCACAGGGUCACGGCACAUCGCCGUGAAGGAGAACCUCAUCGAGCUGACCGCCGACAUCUGCCACCAGCUCUUUGGCCGUGGCACACAGGUUUUGGAGGGUACCACACCUCACCUGAAGGGGGCGCAACAGGACAGCCCCCAGGGAACCCCCAGCAAGCGCAGACGCAUGGAGCUGGGGUGGGAGGUGAUCCGGGACCACCUGCAGCCCAACCAGGAGGACUUUGACAUCAUUCCCUGGCUGCAGAUCUCCUCGGUGCUGGUGUCCAGGUACCCGCAGGUGCUCCCUGACUCGGAGCUGCUGCCCCUGCUGGGGGCUUUGUGCACGCUCCUGUCUGAGCAGCGCAGGGGCGAGCGGGGCCCCUACGUCCUGCGCUGCCUCUGCCACGUGGCCCUCUGCCCCGCCCUGCGGCCCCCUGCCUCCCCCGCCCAAAGCCACGCCCAGGCCGGCGAGCUGCGCAAGCUGUGGGCGCGGCUCUGGGCUCUGGCCCUGCGGGGGGUCAGCUCGCCCCACACCGAGGCCCUCUGCCUGGACCUGCUCUGCGCUGUCCUCCAGGGGGCGCUGGUGCCCCUCAGCAGGGACUUCUGGAAGGUCUUCACCGGCUCCGCCUGCAAGCCUUCCUGCGCCACGGUGACGUGCCUGUCCCAGGUCCUGCUGAAAUGUGCCGUCCCCAAAGCUCUGGACCUAUCCUGGGACAGCCUGGGGGCGGGGCUGGAGGGGGGCGGGGCUCCCGGGCUGAAGGAGGCUGUCAUUGGCUGGCUGCUGAUGAAUGAGCAGGGCGAGGAGGCAGAGGACAGCUCCAAACCGCACCUGGUCAUCUGCAGACCCCACGACACUGAGUUUCCACGUCUCCUGGUUCCCAGAAUCGUCGUGUGCUUGACGCUGAAGGACAGCAGAGCUGGCAUGCUCUUUCUUCAGAGUGCAUCGCUGGAGAGUGUCUGGAGCCCGAACAGCCAGAACUACGAGUGCGAUGAUCCUCUUUCCCAAAUCGAGAGCCUGUACCUGCAGUUCACCUUUGAUGAAGUGACCCCUGACCCCGCGGGGCCCCCUGGCGGGGCCACAGCGCCCCCUGUGGACGCUCAGUGCACCGUCAUCCCAGCGCUCAGGGAGCGGGUGGAGCAGAACCUCCUGUCUGUGGCUGACCAGCUGCUCAACUGCUACUCCCUCGAAUCUCAGACCACCCCCCCAGACUGCCUGGUCCGAGGCUCCGCCCUUCUCACCGGCGUUUUGGCGGGGUACCUGUGUGCUGGACUCAUCACUGAGCAAGAGGCUUGCAGGUCCCCACUCUUCCAGAAGGCCAAGUCUCUGGCCCAGCUGAUCAGCGAGUUCAUCUCUUCGGUUAAGAGCAAGAUGGCGGAGGCAGCGACGGCUCCCACGCUGAGGGACGUCAUGCAGCUCUGCCGAGACUGCCUCCACAGGGGGUCAAAGGACACCAUGAGUCGUACUGCCUCCAACCUCUUCCUCAAAGUCCUGCCAUCCAGGCUGUUGAACGAACUGUCAGAAAUCUGCAAAGUGAUGCUGACCAACUCCUGCAAGCCGGGCGGGGCGGUGUCUGAGGCCGGGCCCAGGCACGAGGACUGGGAGGAGCGGCCGACGCAGGGCGAGCGGCCGACGCAGGGCGAGCGGCAGGAGCAGGUGGAUCUGUUCGACGAUGAGGACGGGGGGGAGGGGUGCAGUGGCUCGGACGCAGACGGGCGGCAGGGCAGCGAGGCCGACGCCCAGUGGGGCUCAGGGGUACGGAGCAUGCUCGCCAUGGAGCUCCUGGCCAAUCAGGACACGGCGUUCCUGACAGUGCUGGAGUUCCUGUGUCAGUGUGCCUGCUCUGAGUUUAUCCACGGGCUGUCCUUCCGCCCGGCGGAGGUCCGGAGAAAACUCCUCCAGCUCAUCAGCCAGAUCGACUGCACCAAGCCGCUGCACCUCCAUAUGUACCUGACCCUGCUGAGGCAGCUCCCUGCUGAGGACACGGUUUUGGCAGCUGAAGAUUUUGAGUCCCUCCUGGCUCCACUGGCGGAUCUGUGCUCCAUGUACCGUCAAGACCAGGAGGUCUGUGCCGCCCUGCUGCUGGGCCUGCUCCCCUGCGCCCGCUGCCUGGGCCGCGCCCACAACCAGAACCCGGCCGACGACCUGAGGGACGUCCAGGGGACGCUGCUGAAGGUCGUCUCGGGCUUCUGCAUUCUUUCCAGGACCAGCAAAAGCACGGCGUCUGUGAGAGUGGCUCUGGUCAGGUGUCUGGUGGUCCUGCUGGAGGCCGAUCCCUGCUGUACAUGGGCGGUCCUGACGCUGAGGGAAGGUGAGCUUCCUGUGUCCGUCAUCCUGCCCACCUACCUGGCCGACGCCCACCACCACGUCCGCUCGCUUGCUGCCAUGACGAUCGACAGACUCUUCCUGCAGGGGACUCCUGAUGGCUCAGUGAGGAGGAGGAUGCUCCCACUGAAGCAGCAGCAGGACGCUUUCGAGAGCGUCUACCUGGAGGCCCAGAGGGGCAUGACGCUCCAGAAGGGCUGUGUGCAGGAGGAGCAGCAGGAUGAGCUGUGUAACCGGCAGGCGGCUCUGCUGAAGACCCUGGCGGGGGUGCUGUGCUGCAGCCCCGUGUGUGAGAAGCAGGCUCUGUUCGCCCUCUUCCAGGCCCACCGGGAGAACAGCAUCCACGAGCGGCUCGUCAAGAAGGUUCUGGAGACGGUCUCGAAAGCGCUGAGCUAUCGCAGUGGGGAGAGCUUUGUGAACUCUCACCUGCAUUACCUGGUGACAGAGUGGCUCCGCCAGUACAGCCUCGACACGUUUCCCUACACCCUGCUCUACCACACCUCCCUGCAGGACUUCUACAGGUCCUCCUAUCCCGUCCUGAUCCCUCACCUGGUGUACCUGGACGACUUUGAGCAGGUGAAGGCCGUGGGGGCGGAGCUGGGGCGGGACUGGAAGCAGCUGCUGGCCGACUGCUUCCCCAAAAUCACCGUCAACAUCCUGCCGUACUUCGCCCUGUCCGGGCAGGACGUGCAGGAGGCCCAGCAGAGGGAGAAGGCCCACCGCGUCUACGACCUGCUGAAGGACAGCAGCUGUCUGGGCAAGCAGCAAAUCGACAGCCUGAUCCACAGCAACCUGGCGGACAUUGUGGUGGAGCUGCUGCUGACGCUGUACGAAGGCACCGGGCAGGAGGAGCGGCCCGGAGAUCUGUGCAGGUUUAUGGGAGAACUGGACCCAGCCCCAAACCCUCCCUACUUCAGUUCAUUCGUGAUCAGAGCCACUCUGGACUACCUCAACAACUGUCACAGCAGCACCAGCAAGUCUCUGGUCACCAUCCUGUCCAAAACGCCGAUCUCCAUCCAGAAGAUCCUGCUGGCGGUUUGCCAGAAGGCGGCGGAGACGUCGAACGCGUACGAGAGGCACCGCAUUCUGCUCAUGUACCACCUGUUUGUGGGUCUGCUGCUCCGGGAGGUGCGGGAGGGGCUGGGCGGGGCCUGGGCCUUCGUCCUGAGAGACGUCAUCUACACUGUCAUCCACCACAUCAACGGCAGCCCGGCCCAGUUAGACGAAGUUACAACCAGGAGCCUCUUGUUGUGCUUGGACCUGCUUGAGUCAGUGUGCCGGACUGCUGUACUGUUCUGCGAGGAUGCUCUAGAGAGCCACCUGCAGGUCAUUGUUGGAACUCUGACCACACAGGUGACUGACCAGCCAGCUGUCUCCCAGCAGGUCCUCGGUUUGCUGAAGUUUCUGGUUAUUGAAAAUCACGACAACAAGCACCUAAAGAGGGCCAUCCAGCUGCUGGAGCCCCUCCCCAAUCGCCCCGCCUUCAGACAGCUGCGGGAAACUCAACACGCACUCAAAUACAGCACAGGAGCGUUCACCCUCCGACAGGAGAUUGAGUACUUCCUAUCGGUGUGUUGGUGCGACUCGCUGCCCCUGGCGCGGCUGGAGGGGCUGAAGGACCUGCGGGGGCAACUGCGCUCCCACCGGGGGCAGAUCAGCGGCCUGCUGACGGAGUGCCAGGCAGGCCCCGCAGACAGUGUGUUGGUGAGGUUGGUCCUGCGUCUCCUGCAGCUGUGUAAGCUGGCAGCCAAUCACCCGGGAGGAGCCGAUAUCCUCGAGGCCGCGGGGAGUUGCCUGGGGGAGCUGGGUCCUAUAGACCUCUGCACCAUCGCACUGCCCCAUGGGAAGGAUCGGGUCACCGCCCGCGCGGCCGAACUCUUCGGGGACAUCGAGCUGCAGUGGACCUUUACCCUCUUCACCUGCAUGAACAGCGCACUCACACACCACUGGUACGGCUCUGAGACUCACCACUGUAUCAAGGUGAGGCAGGCAGCUGCUCAGUGCCUCAGGGACACCCUGGCCUCUCGGUGUGGGAUGGAAUUCUGGGCAGCAUACAAAGACAGUCAGGACCCCAUGCUGGUGUACUUCAGCCCCUUCAGAUCAGCCAAGAAGAAGAUGGAAGUCAGAGCGGAGGUCAGGCCGGACUCCCGGGAGCAGCUGGAGAGCCUGGCUCUGUGGGACCCCCAGCAGGGGCAGCACUCUGAUUGGCUGAGGAGGCUGUGUAUGGCGCUGCUAGACAGCGGGGGGGUGCAGAGUGAAGCCCUGCUGCUCUCACGGCCCCUGUGCAAGGUGAAGACGGAUUUCUGCCAGACAGUCCUGCCCCUCUUCAUCCAUGAUGUUCUGCUGCAGGACACAGACGGAUCCUGGAGGACCCUGCUGUCCUGCCACAUCAGAGACUUCUUCUCCUGCUGCGCCCGCAAUAACCCUGCAUCCAGUCGCUCUGCCACGCCCCUGCUCCCAGACUCCGGAGGGUCGGACCCUGCUGGCCCCGGCCCGGUGGACAGAACGUCCUUGCGUACGAUGCUGUCAGUUGUCCACUACCUGAGACAGCAGCCCAGACCGGGGCCCGGCAGCUCCUCCCUGGGGACGGUGUGUGACUCUAACUUCUGGCUGGAGCUGAACUACCUGGAGGUGUCCCGGGCGGCCGAGGGCUGCUCCGCCCACUUCACCGCUCUGCUCUACGCCGAGAUCUACGUGGACGAGGUCCGGUCCCGCCUGGAGGAGGAUCGCAGGACCCAGUCCAAGACCUCCCGCCGGCUGGCGUUUGAUGAGAGCAGCCAGAACUUCAGCAUCGCUGGGCUGACUGAGAGGAGUGUGGAGGACACAGGCACCAGCCUGCAGGACCUGCUGAUCGAGGUGUACAGGAGCAUCGGGGAGCCAGACAGUCUGUACGGGUGUGCAGGGGCCAAGAUGGCCAGUCCUCUGACCAGGAUCAGGACGUACGAGCACGAGGCUCUGUGGGGGAAAGCUCUGGCCACCUAUGACCUGCACACCGGCCUCUCAGACGUCACCCGACAUGUGGGGAUUGUGGAGGCCCUGCAGAAUUUUGGGCUGUGUGGCACCCUGGUGACCUAUCUGAGGGGCCUGGAGAGCGAGGGGGCAGAGUGGGGGGCCGAACUCAGGGAGCUGCAGUUCCAGGCAGCCUGGAGGAACACACAGUGGGACUGCGACCUGUCGGACAGGAGUGACAGAGUGGCCCCUGGCUUUAAUGAGUCAGUGUUCUGUGCCCUCCAGGCCCUGAGGGACAGAGAGCUCUCAGUGUUCAGCCAAACGCUCAAAACCACCAGGGUCUCGGAGGUGGAGGUUCUGUGCAGAGACAGUCUGGAGGCGGUGUCCUCUCUGUACCCGGCACUCUGUAACCUGCAGAGGAUCAGUGAGCUGGAGAGCGUGGGAGAGCUCUGCUGCAGCGCUCUGACGGAGCGUGGCCUGGCGGAGGUGCAGGGCCGCUGGCGGGAGCACGGGGAGCUCCUGGAGAACAGCGAGUUCAGCCUGCUGGAGCCCAUCCUGGCGCUCCGCACGGCGGUCCAGGAGACGCUCAUCCUGCGGGAGGACGACGCGGACAGGAAGCAGUACCUGCACCAUGCCCUGGCCGCUCACCUGCUGCAGCUCUGCAAGCUGGCCCGCUCUGCCGGACACACACAGCUGGCAGAGAAGGCAGCCUAUCAGAUGAAGCAGCACAGCUGGCCCAGCGGGGGGUGGGGCCCAUCGCCGUGGCAACUGGAGGAGGUGCAGGUGUUCUGGGCCAAGCAGGAGCACAACCUGGCGCUGGGCCUCCUUCGACAGAUGAUCGACACACUUAGCGACCAGGUGGAGUUUAACCCAGCGUUGCAGCCCACGUACGCGGAGUGUCUGAGGCUCUGUGGGAGCUGGUUGGCUGAAACGUGUCUGGAGAGCCCCGGGGUUAUUCUGGAGAAGUACCUGGAAAAGGCGGUGGAGGUGAUGGAGGAGCACUCAGGAGGGGAGGACCCUCGGCUGCUCGCCCAGAAGACCCAGGCGUACCUCUCCCUGGCCCGCUUCUCGGACGCGCAGUACCAGAGCAUGGAGAACUACAUGAAGUCCUCCGAGUUCCAGGAUAAACAGGCGCUGCUCGAGAAGGCCAAGGAGGAGGUGCAGCUCAUGAGAGAGCACAACGUCAACACCAACAGGUACACGGUGAAGGUGCAGCGGGAGCUGGAGUUGGAUGAGCGGGCCUUGGCGGCUCUGCGGGAGGACCGGAGCCUCUUCCUGCUCAAGGCCGUGCAGAACUACAUCCUGUGUCUGCAGCUGGGCGAGCAGCAGGACCUGUGGGUGUUCCGCCUGGCGUCGCUGUGGCUGGGGAACGCAGAGAACCCCGACCUCAACCGCGCCGUCAAGGAGGCUGUCCAGAGGAUUCCGUCCUACAAGUUUCUGCCCCUGAUGUACCAGCUGGCUGCCCGCAUGGGCACCAAGGUCCCCCGAGGCAGCAGCGAGGACCUCGGCUUCCACGACGUCCUCAUCGAGCUAAUCCGCCAGACAUCGCUGGACCACCCUCACCACACCCUGUUCAUCAUCCUGGCGCUGGUCAACGCCAACAAGGACGAGAACUUCUCCCGAAACCGGCUGUCCCGCUCAGUCCCCCGCCACCCAUCCCAACUGGACACGGAGCGUUCGGAGGUAGCACUCAGGAUCAUCAAUGAGAUCCGGAGGGAGAAAGGGCGGAUGGUCAGAGGCCUUGAGGCCCUCAGUAACGCCUACAUCACCCUGGCCUACCUGGACGCCAGCCGUCACAAGACCGAGAAGAAAGCCAUACCCAUUCCGUCUGACCAGCCUAUUAUGCAGAUUAAGGAUCUGGAUGACAUUGUGAUCCCCACAAUGGAGAUCAAGGUGGUCCCCUCUGGUCAGUACGAUGACUUGGUGACCAUCAGGUCCUUCAAGCCCCACUACCACCUCGCUGGAGGAGUGAACCUGCCCAAGAUCAUCGACUGUGUGGGUUCAGACGGCAAGGCCCGGAGGCAGCUGGUCAAGGGCCAGGAUGACCUACGGCAGGAUGCUGUCAUGCAGCAGGUGUUCCAGAUGUGCUCGACGCUGCUGCAGCGCAACGCUGAGACGAGGAAGAGGAAGCUCAACAUCUGCCGCUACAAGGUGGUGCCCUUAUCGCAGCGCAGCGGGGUCCUGGAGUGGUGCAGUGGCACCGUGCCCCUCGGGGACUUCCUGGUCGACCCUCAGAAGGGAGCGCACCAUCGCUUCCGCCCCAGGGACUGGACCAGCCUGGCCUGCCGCAGGAAGAUGCACGAAGCGAUAAAGGCACGUUCGGACAUGAUCCAGGCCUACAGCGAGGUGUGCCAGAACUUCCGGCCGGUAUUCCGCUACUUCUGCAUGGAGCGGUUCCUGGACCCCGCGGUGUGGAUGGAGAAACGGCUAGCCUACACCCGGAGCGUCGCCACCUCUUCCAUCGUGGGCUACAUCGUUGGGCUCGGGGACAGACACAUCCAGAACAUUCUCAUCGACGAGCAGAGUGCUGAGCUUGUGCACAUCGACUUAGGCGUGGCGUUUGAGCAGGGUAAGAUCCUCCCAACCCCUGAGACCGUGCCCUUCCGGCUGUCCCGGGACAUCGUGGACGGGAUGGGCAUCACAGGCGUGGAGGGUGUGUUCAGAAGAUGCUGUGAAAAGACCAUGGAGGUCAUGAGAAGCUCCCAGGAAGCCCUUCUGACCAUCGUGGAGGUGCUCCUGUACGACCCUCUGUUUGACUGGACCAUGAACCCUCUGAAGGCCUUCUACCUGCAGCAGGAGGAGCAGGCCGAGCUGAACGCCACCCUGGGCUCCACCCUGGGGGGAGAUGUGCUGGACGCCCACCGCAAGGCCAGCAGUGAGACUCAGCGCUCUAACCAGGUGGCCGAGCGGGUGUUGCUCCGGCUGCAGGAGAAGCUGAAGGGGGUGGAGGGGGCGGCGGUGCUCAGUGUGAGUGGCCAGGUCAACCUGCUCAUCCAGCAGGCUAUGGACCCCAAGAACCUCAGCCGGCUGUUCCCUGGGUGGCAGGCCUGGGUGUAGCCCCACCCCGAGGGCCAUGGACCCCAAGCACUUCAGCCGGCUGUUCCCUGGGUGGCAGGCCUGGGUGUAGCCCCACCCCGAGGGCCAUGGACCCCAAGAACUUCAGCCACCUGUUCCCUGGGUGUUCCCACACCGAGGGCCAUGGGCCCCAAGAACUUCAGCCACCUGUUCCCUGGGUGUUCCCACACCGAGGGCCAUGGGCCCCAAGAACUUCAGCCACCUAUUCCCUGGGUGUUCCCACACCGAGGGCACAGCAAGGUGACUGCGGAAACUUCCACCAUUUCCAAGGAACUUCUCUGUUCUGUUCACUGCAUCUCUUCUCAACAUCACAGUGAACCAGAUGGCUACAUAUAGUCUUUUUAUAGAAACAGCCAGUGUAAUUUAUCUUAAAUCAGUCUGUAAGAAAGGUACAUUUCAGUCAUAUGAUUGAUAACUUGAUAGUAUGUUUUAACAUGCCUGCUGUUUUUCCAGAAUCUUAAUUUCAUCUUGUUGGAAUCCAGAGGCUCCAGCAUCCAGGGCCUCUCCCUGGUGUGGUACAGAUGCUCUGGGAAAUGCUCUAGAUACAGAUACAGUGCACAGAAACUUUUCAGAACGUGCAAGAAAGACACCAGUUCAUUGUAGAAGUUCCCCAGUUCCAUGUCUGUAAGCUUGUAUGACUAUUAUUUGGUUAAUGAAUGUCCUGUUUUUUAUCUGUUGCUUGAGACAGGAUGGAACUAUGGCAGGCAAACUUUGGUUCAGUCGAUCUUGCAGUGGGUCCAUUUAUGAAUUUUAACAUUUUUUUGAAAGUGGUGUCAUGCACAACUUUUCAUUUCACCUUCCAAACCCACAUGCAAAGACAGGAAAUGAAGUACCUCUUGAUAUUAAGAUAUCCAAAUAAAAAUGCAAAAUAUGCAUGUCCUUUAUCUGCACAUUUGUAAUCUAUAAAUGGUAUGAAAAUACUUGAAAAUGUCAAUUUGAAAACCUUUAUGCCAGUACGAAGACAUAGUGCACUUAAUGAAAACUGUUAACCAAACCCCGAUAUUGCAUGGUUUAUAUAACCAACCAUAUGAAUGUGUUAUAUACAUAUGUUGAAUAUUUUCAGAAAUAAACGUUUCUAUCUUUUAUACCUAAGCCUGUGAUGUCUGAUAGUUGCAACUUAUUCUGUAUCAUUUUAAAACAACUUGCCUUAAAGAGAUGUUGAAUGUAAGAAUGUAAAACCAUAAAAUAAAAUAUCAUU